AUGGCUGGGCUCGUCAUCUCCAAGGCUGGUGGAGGCUUCUCCAUCACCAAGUCAUGUGCUUCUGGACGUCCUAAGGCUGUUGCGGCUGGGCGCCCCAAGGUGACUCCGGCGGCCAGAGCGGCUGAACUGCUGGUGUGCCGCACUCUAUGCAUCGUCAAGGAUGGGCAGGAUGUCACUGCUGCCGCCCUGGACGCUUUCGCUAAGCGUUUCAAGGAGCACCUGCCACCAGAUGUAAUCGUAGCCAUGCGAGGAUUGUUCAAGCUCGAUUACAAUAGCGCUACGGGCAUGGAGGAGGCCCUCAUUGCGCAUGGAGGUGAUGGUGCACUCGACCUGGAGUCGAACGACGACGGCAUCGUGGCUCAGCUGGCUAAUGCUUGA